AUUGUCAAUGUCAAAAAGUGAAACAGUACUGUGCAAAUGUACUGUAAUUUAUUUAUUUUUUACAUGAGGAAAACACUGUAAAUUAUAUAUUAUAACGAUAUUAUGUCCAGUGUGUAGGAUUUAUUAAGUACAACAAUGGCUUUCUUGGAGUGGCGAAAAUUUACGUUUUUCGACAUACAUAAAAAUGUCGAUAACGGAAAAGUUGCUAGCUCCUUGCAAGACACCCAUGUAACGGCAACUACAAGUGGUAAUGGUCAUGUUGUGCUGUGUGAUGUCACAGGAUGGGCCCAUCUCAUCUCCCGCUCCUGGGAGGUCACAUCGUUCAAGGCUUAUGAGUUAACUGUGACUCUGGCUCAGCAAUUAUCUCAUGACCCUUAUCUUGUUACUAUUGGGGAAGACGAAGCCGGUGUGAAUCCCCUCAUCAGAGUGUGGGACUGGUCGCGCAGUGACCGGCACGGGAACCCGACGUGCACGCGGGUGUCGCGCGCCGUGCCCUCGCACAUGCGGCCCACGCCCGCCACUGCGCUAGCCGUGCAUGAUAAUAAGAAUCUUCUAGCAGUUGGUUUCCGAGAUGGGUCAGUGUCACUGUUCCGUGGUGAUAUAGCUCGACAGCGGAGUAUGAAGAUGAAGACAUUGCCUGAUACCGGGACUAGUCCUAUAACCGGGCUGGCAUUCAAAGGAGCGGACAAGUUGUUCGCGGUGUCGCGCGCGUGCGUGAUGGUGGUGUGGCUGAGCUCGGAGCGCGUCGACGCGCUGGACGCGAAGGGCGCCGCGCCGCACUGCAGCGUGCUCGACGACAAGCAUCAGUACACCGUCGCUAAUGAGGAGGCUCUCUUCUGCUACACAACAGAAGGCCGUGGUCCGUGUUACGCGCUGAAAGGGGAAAAGGUCCGUCUCGACUGUUUCCGCAGCUACCUCGUCAUCACCACGAACGAGACCCCAAACAAGACAACCGCCUCCACCAGCACCGCACCAGCCCCAAAAUACCACCACAUCACCAUUCUAGAUAUACAGAACAAAUUCAUCGUUUUCUCAAAGACUUUUGAGGAAGUUGAUGCAGUGUUGACGGAGUGGGGAUCUUUCUAUAUCCUGACGAAGAAUAAAGAGAUUAUUUAUUUAGAGGAAAAAGAUCUGCAGUCGAAAUUGUCGCUGCUCUUCAAGAAGAAUUUGUAUGACGUAGCCAUUAAGAUUGCGAGCAGUCAGCAUUACGAUGUGGCCGGCUUGACGGAGAUUUAUAAACAGUAUGGUGAUCAUUUGUAUAGCAAAGGCGACUUAAAAGGCGCUAUUGAACAAUACGUCAAAACCAUCGGUUGGUUGGAAACAUCCUACGUGAUCCGCAAGUACUUGGAGUCCAGACACCUAGAGCCUCUCAUACAAUAUCUUGAAGAGUUGCAUAAGAAGAAGGGCUGUGCCACUGAGGACCACACGACGUUGCUACUGACGUGCUACGUCAAGAUAGAUCAACACGACCAACAGGGGAAGCUGAAGGAUUUUAUCAAUUCUAAAGAUAAAGUCAUCGAUUUCGAUGUAGAUGUCGCUAUUAAGGUAAUGCGUCAAGUAAGUAUAGACGACGCGUUAUCCCUCGCCGCGAACCACAAGCGCCACGACUGGUACCUCAAGAUGAUGAUAGAAGAUAAGAAGGACUUCCGCAAAGCAUUGGACUAUAUCGUGGAGUUGGAGUUUGAAGACGCCGAUAUGUACAUGCGGAAAUACGGACACAGGCUGAUACAACACGAGCCGGAGGAGAGUACCAAGUUCUUGAAACUACUAUGCACAGACUACAGACCUCGCAGCAAGCCCUUAGUCGACGAGAUCUCCAUGUCGGGAGGCUUCAGGGAGCCGGUGAAGGCUCUACCGGAUGACUACAUUCACAUGUUCUUAAGCAACUCGGAGAGGCUCAUAGAGUUCCUAGAACACAUGACCGCUAAGGAAAAGGAUUGUUCUAAACUUGUGUUUGAUGCACUUAUAGAACAUUAUAUACACGUGUGGGCAAAAUCACCGGAAAGCGAGAAAAAGGAUUACGAAGAAAAAGUACUGAAAGUAUUAAAGAAUCCCGAAGCGAACUACGACAAGGAUCAGACGCUGAUCAUCUGUCAGAUGCUGGGCUUCCAGGCGGGCGUGCUGUAUUUAUAUGAGGAGAAUAAACUUUGGCGGUCGCAGGUGUCGCUGCACUUGCGCAGCGGCGACGCGGAGAGCGCGCUGGCGGUGUGCCGGCGGCGCGGCGCGCUGUGCCCGCGACUGUGGCUCGACGUGCUGUGGAGCCCGCCGCCGCCGCACUGCCUGCCCGAGCUGCUCAACGUUAUAGCGAAUGAAAAGUUGCUAUCACCUAUACUAGUCAUCGAUUGUCUCGCCAGCACACCCACAUACACAUUAGGAGAUGUGAGAAAGUACCUAACAGACGUUCUGAAAUCUGAGAACGAAGUGAUCCAACGCGAGCAGCAGCUCUCGGUGAAGUACCGCGAGGAGAGCGCGCGCAUGAAGCAACAGAUCGAGACGCUGCAGCGGUCCCAGCUCGUGUUCCAGUCCUCGCGCUGUGCAGCCUGCAACAAGCAGCUGCAACUGCCCACCGUGCACUUCUUCUGCCAGCACUCCUUCCAUCAAGACUGUUUCCAGACGUACGCGGAGUCGGAGGCGGAGUGCCUCGUGUGCGCGUCCGCGCGGCGCCGCGCCGAGCCCGCGCCGCGCUCUGCGGAGGCACUGCACGCGCGGCUACACAACGAGCCGGACCCGUGAGUACUCAUCAACAUCGACCUUUUUACUCCGGGGUAAAACGCUAAUAACUUCAAGCCACGGGGGAUAUGUCGGACUCCCACCGUCUAAAAACACCCCAGGCCCCUUCACCUGCCUGAGCCAGGGCCACGGGAUUGCUUGCGCAUGCUCAGCGCAACUCUGGCCAGAUCAUCGUCGCUCUAGUUUUUUUCCCAACUGUGUUAGGGUUGGCUUCCAGUCUAACUGGGUUCAGCCAAGUACCAGUAGUGUUAUACCACAUGUAAAUAAACUUAUUAUCUCUAAAAUAGCCCUAGGUUUCAAGGACGAUCAUUCUAAAAAACUGAGCAAACAUUUAUAGAUUACAGCUAUUUCACGCUCUGAAGUUCUGUGCUUACAAACAAAACAAAGUCAUACAGCCGAAUCGAGUUCAAAACAAAAAUAAUAAUCUUAUUUCUUGUGCAAUCUGCGUCUCGCUGCUUGUGCAGCCUGCAUUUAGGUGCCUAUUACGUCGGCAUCUAGUUACCUACGCGAUCUCCCUCCA